GAGCGCCCCCCGCGGGGAGCCGCCGGGUGCGGCGCGCGCUGCCGCCCCGCGGCGCCCUGGCCGCAGCGGGGCCCGCCCCGGAGCCCCCGGAUGGAGCCAGCGCCGCCCCCGCCGAAGGGCACCCCGGUGGUCGCCGAGCACUGCGCGAGCGCGAGCGGCCCCCGCGCGGCGCCGCCGCGCUGCGCGCGGCCGCGCCGCCUGCUCGGGUGCCGGCGGUGGGUGUUCAACGAGGCGGCGUGGAAGCACCCCGACGCGGCCCGGCAGCGGAGCCCGCUGACGAGGGCGGCGGAGGUGGGGCUGCUCGCGCUCUUCGUAGUGCACAGGGCUGUGCACAACCUCGUGGUCGAUUUCUCGAGGGUGCCGAUCACCAGCGCAACCGUUCGCCCGGACGAGUCCGCGAUCGUGGCCUACAAGGCCGGCUGCGCUGUGCGCCUGCGAGGCACGGGGGAGUGGUCUCCCCACGAGCACUUCCAUGCCAGGGUCGUGGACAUUCGAGACGGCGGGGGGACCGUGGAAGUGCGCUACACGAGAGACCGAGGGAUGAAGUGUUUCAGGAAGCGCGAGUUCGAGAGCCUGUUGACGCCGAUGCUCGCGCCAGGCCGCUACGAGGUUGGCAUGGUGGUUCCACUGCUUCGGCAGGGACGAUUUUAUAAAUUUUCUGAGUGGGCUACGAUUGUAGAAAUCAGAGCGUCAGACGACACGGUACGUGUUCACUACAGGAACGGUGGGUAUCAGCGGCUUGAAAGAAGUGAGUUCGAGGGUGUUUUGUUGCGCACUCCACCGUGGGAUCAGAUCCACAAAGAGAUGAGAUAUCACAAGCUCAGUACCACGAUCGUGACUUCUGUCGUUGGCAUGUCCGUGUGCCAUCUGUUGGCUCUUUUUCCCGAGCGUGGGGUCAGAUCGGAUCCGUGGGCAUGGUACUCGGCUCCUUUCGCAAGCGACUUUCGCAUAAUCGGUCUCCUGCUGGCGAUGUGCACUUACAUUGAGUCCAUCUCCAUGGCGUCGCUGCAAGCGACGGCGUGCAGGGUCCUGGAUAACUCCAGGAUGGUCCUGACCGCAUUGAUGAUGUGGGUGAUGGUCGGUCGCCACGCGAGACCCACUGCCACGAUGUGGCUCUCGCUUCUUUCGACAAGCCUAAGCAUGGUGACGCUGACCCUUGCAGAAGCAAAGCACGAGGAUGUCGAGAGGAGACCCGUCGACGGUCUUACGAUUAUCGUGGUCCUGAGCAAGAUCGCCAUAUCCAGCGGCCUGGCUUCGUUUGGGCACCUGUCUUUCAAAAGAAACCACGGGAUGCCCCUGUACGCCCACCUCAGUCCACUAUUCCUGACCUGGGGCGUGGUGACUCUGGGCGGCAUACGGAUUGUCUUUCGGGGUGGAACCUAA